AUGUCUAAAGCAUUCAGACCAAGCACAUCACCUUAUAAGGAGAAGCUUUUAAGUCAAACAGCUCCAGAAGUAAGACUUUCAAAAGAGACCUCAAGCUCCAAAACUGACGCCGCCAUCAAAAAUUCUGAAGCUUUCACUCCCCCCCCCUUUAAAUUGGAACUAAAAAUUUUGUUCCAAUUUAAAGGGGGGUUAAUUUUUUUUUUUAAAAAAAAAUAUCAAUAUAAAUUUUUUAUAGAAAAUAUAAAAAUAAAAAAAUAAAAAACAAAAAAUUUCAAAAACUUAUCGAAUUAGAUCAAUAAAUUUGUUUAAUAAAACGCUAUUUACUCUUUAUCCUUUAAAACAAAGCAAGAUAUAACUAAAUUUUCAUUAUUAGUUAAUACGCCACUAUUAAUUGGUAUCAAAAUUAUUUACACAAAAAUUUUUAUUUUUAUUGAUAAAAAAAAUUAAAAAAAAAAAAAUUUUGGAAAAUUUAUCGAUCAAAGUGCUAAUUUUGUUUAAAUAAGAUGUUAUUUAUACUCUAUUCUUUAAAAUAAAGCAAGAAAUAAGUAAAUUUUGAAAUUUUAUAAAGAAUUCCUAUUGAAUUUUAUAUCAAAACUAUCCAAAUAAAAAAUAUCAUUUUUAUCAAAAAAAACAAAAAUUUUUUGAAAAUUUUUUAAAAAAAAAAAAAUUAAUUUUUUUUUAAAAAUUUACCAAUUAAGGAUAAUCAAUUUAUUUAAAUAAGAUGCUCUUUAUACUUUUUUCUUUAAAAAAAGAGCAAGAUAUAAAUAAAUUUUUAAUUUUAAUUAAGAAGAAACAUUUAACUUAUAUCAAAACUUUUAGAUAAAAAUUAUAUAUAAUUUUUUAUUAUAAAAAUUAAAUUUUGUUCCAAUUUAAAGGGGGGUUAAUUUACCAAAAAAGUGGAAAUUUUACCGAUAUUUUGUUCCAAUUUAAAGGGGGGGGAGUCAGAGAAAUGGUCGAGCAUAAAAUUCCAUUGAGAGAACUUGCUGGAAAGCUUGAAACAGACUAUGAUUCUGGCCUUAAUGAGUCAUCAGCCCGUGCCAAAUUAAAGGUCUUUGGAGAAAAUAAGCUCUCUGAAAAGAAAGGGCUGCCUUGGUACUGCAAAUUUAUAAAGCAACUGACUGGCCUUUUUUCUCUCCUCUUGUGGGCAGGUGCAGGAUUAUGUUAUGUAGCCUAUGGUAUGAGCCCAGAAGAUCCUUCCAAUUUCUAUCUAGGCACUUCUCUUGUCGUUACCGUUUUAUUGACUGGCUGCUUCAGCUAUUUUCAGCAGGCUAAGUCAGAAGCAAUUAUGGCUGGCUUCAAAAAUCUGAUUCCUCCAAAAUGUAUGGUUAUUAGAGAAGGACAGAAAAAAGAAAUUGAAUCAGUCAAACUUGUGCCUGGCGAUAUUGUUGUAAUUAAGCAGGGGGCUAAAAUUCCAGCUGAUAUUAGGAUACUAGAAUCUAAUUACAUGAAGGUAGACAAUUCUUCUUUGACAGGGGAAAGUGAGCCUCAAUUAAGGACUGUAGAGUGCACCAAUGAGGCAAACCCCCUUGAAACUGAAAACUUGGCGUUCUUUGGAACUUUAUGUAGCUCUGGAGAAGGAAAAGGGAUUGUAAUUUUUACUGGCGAUGGUACAGUUAUGGGGAAAAUCGCAGGCCUAGCCAUCACAACUACAAGUGAGCAGACUCCGCUUAACAAGGAGCUCCAGUUUUUUGUAAAAAUCAUCAGUUGUGUCGCUAUCUGUCUCGGCAUCACUUUCUUUUUCCUAGGCUUUGCUUUUCAAUAUCCUUUACUAAUAAAUAUUGUAAAUGCUAUCGGAAUCAUUGUAGCUAAUGUCCCUGAAGGCCUUUUAGCUGAGGUGACAGUUGCCCUUUCUCUGACUUCUAAAAGGAUGGCUGACAAAAAUGUCCUAGUAAAAAACCUAGAAGCUGUUGAAACCCUUGGGUCGACCACAUGUGUAUGCUCUGACAAAACUGGGACUUUGACAGAAAACAAGAUGAAAGUGGUAAGCAUGUGGUACGAUAAUAAGGUAAGAGACGUAAUAAACUAUGAAGAAAGAGAAGAAGGAGAACAGCUUGGAUACGAUUUAGGAGAUUCUACAUUUUGGAUGCUUUUAAGAUGCGCAGUUUUAAACAAUCGAGCUCAAUUCACUUACGAGCCUCCAUCAGUUUUGCUUCAUGACGAUCACGGGUUUUCUUUUACUCACCCGCUCUGCGAGCGACUAAAAAAUCUUAUUCACGAAGGAAGGGUUAAUUAAAUUUUUUAAAAAAAAAUUAUAUAUAAAUUUUAAAGAAAUUUUUUUUUUUCUUUUCAGUAUUCAAAAAAAUCCCUCGACAAAUAUUAAUUAAAUUUGUAAAAUUUGUGUUUCAAAACGCAAUUUAUUUAAAAUUAAGCAGAAUUAGCUCGAGAUUUCAUGAUACUAGUUUUCACUUAUAUAUCAAAAAUUUUUCCCAUAAUAAUUUUUUAUUCACGGAGGGUGGGUUUUUGGGGCAAAAGAUAGGGAUUUUGCUAAUUGUUUUGUUCGCUAUGAAGAGGGGUUGAGUUAGAGAUUCUAUGAUUUUUAGAAUAAAAACAAGCUAUAAAGAACUGCUUAAGCAGAAAUCAAUUGAGGAAACGCCCACAAUUGGAGGAGAUGCCUCUGAAAUCGCGUUGAUUAAGUUUUUUAAUCCUAUUUCUGAAAUUGCUGACUAUAGAAAAAACUCCCCAGUCUUAACUAGAAAAGGGGUGAGGGCUGAAAUUCCUUUUAACUCAGCCAACAAAUAUGCUGUGACUAUACACGGACCUGUAAGUUGGGCAACUCAAAAGCAUGAGAACGACUGCAUUUUAUUCAUGAAAGGAGCGCCAGAGCAGUUAUGGGGGAGAUGCUCAGAAAUCCUUACGCCCCAUGGCCAUCAGCUUAUUGAUGAAGAAGCAACUGAAAACUUCCAUGCAGCCAAUAAAUAUUUCGGAAGUAAAGGCCAAAGAGUCCUUGGAUUUGCUUUUACUUGGCUUUCUAAAAAUGAUUUCCCUGCCGAUUACGUCUUUGACCCAAAUCAUAAAGACUGCCCGAAUUUCCCGCUGACUAAUUUAACAUUCAUUGGUCUCACAGCCCUAAUGGACCCUCCCAAAAAAGGUGUAAAAGAAGCUGUUAUGUGUGCCAAAGAUGCAGGAAUCAAAGUAAUCAUGGUGACAGGAGACCAGCCUUUGACAGCUGCUGCUAUUGCUCGACAAGUAAAUAUCAUAACAGUCCCAAAAACAGUCAACGAUUUAGUCGAUGAAGGGAUAUCCUGAAAUAGGGCCAUGAAGCAAAGUGACGCAAUUGUAAUCCACGGUGAUAUGCUUACAAAAGCUCACACAGAAGACUCAGAGCUCCCUUUCAGGAAACAAAGAUUGACAAAAUGGCUGCAGAAAAAAGAAAUUGUAUUCGCAAGAACCUCCCCAGCACAAAAAUACAUGAUUGUUGACGCAAACCAAAAACUGAACCAUGUUGUAGCUGUCACUGGAGAUGGGGUUAAUGACAGUCCUGCCAUUAAAAAAGCUGAUAUUGGCAUCGCAAUGGGAAUAGUUGGCAGUGAUAUCGCAAAAGAUGCAGCAGAUAUGCUGCUACUUGAUGAUAAUUUUGCAUCAAUAAUCAAUGGAGUCAUGCAAGGACGUGUCAUUUUUGACAACUUAAAGCGUACAAUUGCUUAUGUUUUAGCGUCAAAUAUUCCUGAGAUUCUGCCAUUUUUGGCUUUUGUGACGUUCCAGAUCCCUCUCCCUCUUACCACAAUAUUAAUGCUUGCGAUUGAUUUAGGGACUGAUAUGGUCCCUGCUGUUUCUCUUGCCUAUGAAGAUCCUGAGCUUGAUAUUAUGAAAAGAAAGCCCAGAAACGCCCAGGUGGACCACCUUAUGAGUUAUCAGCUUUUAUUCUUCGCUUAUAUGCAGACAGGAAUGAUUGAAGCGCUUGGAGGAUUUUUGGCUUAUUUUGGAGUUUUAUAUGAUUUUGGCUUUGAGCCAGCCACACUUUGGUUUUUUGCCAAUGCAGAUUCAGGGACUAAGCCUGCAGAAGAUGAUGUAUAUAAUCCAAAAUCAGAAUAUAAAGGGAAUACCCAUAUAGGGGUUAAGGAGUAUGAGCACAAAACUGUUGAUUAUUUGACAGAUGGGGACGGGGAUUAUGAUCUCCGCAUAUGGUUUUAUAAUUAUUCAGAUGAUGCGUGGUCUGACUGCAAAUAUAAAGAGCUGACCUCACCAGUCACAGACCAUCAUAUUUGUUAUAUAGGGCUUUCCCUUGAAUAGCCCGAUAACGGGCUGGCUUCAUCCCGUUAUCGGGCUAUUCAAGGGAAAGCCCUAUACAAGCGAGGCGCUGCAUUAUGCGCAAUGUGCAUUUUUUGUAGCAAUUGUUGUGACACAGUGGGCAAAUUUGCACAUUGUAAGGACUAGAGAGCAGAGUCUUAUUGAUCAGGGCUUGCAUAAUUGGAUAUUAAAUUGGAGUAUGGUUUUGGAAACUGCUCUUGCGGUGAUACUUUGCUAUGUCCCUGGAAUUAAUUCUGCACUAGGAGGAAGGCCGUUGCCGUAUUUGCAUUGGGGAUUUCCUGCAAUUCCUUCAUUUAUCUUACUUAUUAUCUAUGAUGAAUCAAGAAAGUUUCUUUUGAGAAGAGAAAAAGCUAGGCUUAGAGGAACGGGAGAGAAGGGAUGGAUAGAAGCUAACACAUUUUAUUAA